GAGUUUUCCGCUGACGAACACACGGUUGAUGUGCGCACUACACUACAGUAGGCAAGUCCAGAGAGACAGAUAGAGGGGAAACAAGAGAGCAGGCAUCGUCAGCGAUCCAGUGCCACGGAGAAACAAAAACCCUUGAAGCUUUUACAAAACCGUCAAUUUAAUAACUGAUCUAUUGAAUUUAGGAGAUGGUGAUCUCAUAUUCUCGGCAGAUCGUCUAACCGCCCUAGAGAAGCCAUGAGUGGGGUCCUGAAGAGGAAGUAUUCCGAGGUAGAAGAGGAGGACCCUUGCUACUCCUCCCCAUCUUCCUCCACCUCUUCCUCCUCCCCCUCCUCCUCCGCCUCCUCGGAAUGGGAGUCGGAUGAGGAGAGCCGCAACAGUGACAACCAAGACUUCAACUCUGCCUCACCUACCUCCCAUCUACCCAUCCGCUCCAUCCUGAAGAGCCCAAAACUUUCCCAUGACAACAGCGGCCAUAGCAACAGCGUUGUCUUCAACCAGGUGACGGUGUUCCUGUUCCAGCGUUGCCAGGGUUUCACCAGCGUUCCGAGACGCGGCGGUGCCACCCUGGGCAUGGUGAGGAAGCACAGCGCCCUCCGGAGGUACACACUGGCAGAGCACACCCAGGAGAGACGAAGGAGGCGCAGGGAGAGACUCAGAGAUAGACUGAGGGAGGAGAGGCUGGAGACACUCAGACAGAGACUGACAGCCAGUGGCAUUACGGACCAGGAGGAGUUAGAUCGCCUCACCAUCGAUCAGAUCGACCAGGUGCCUGACGAAGACAUCGAGGCCCACCUCCCUGCGGCUGACCUUGAGGAUGGGGAGGAGGAUGGGGGUGACGGGGGGCUCCUGUACCCCUACGCUUCCCGCCAGAGACAGGCUCUACUCCGGGCGGCGGGGGCGAGGCACAUCGACCGGGAGGAGAAGAGAGAGCUCCAUGCUCUGAGGAAAUCCCGAGAGGACUGUGGAUGUGACUGCCAGGGAUUCUGUGAACCUGAAACCUGCGCCUGUAGUCUGAACGGGAUCAAGUGCCAGAUGGAUCGCUCCAACUUCCCUUGCGGCUGCACAAAGGAUGGCUGUGGGAAUACUAACGGUCGCGUGGAGUUCAACUCCAGACGAGUCCAGACCCACUACAUACACACUGUCAUGAGGCUGGAACUGGAGAGGAGACUGCAGGAUGAGAUACUAACCCAGAGGAGAGACCCAGAGGAGAACGAAGAUGAUCUCCAGGAGCUCCAGGACCAGGGACAGCAUCAGCAGGACAGUGCCCAGGAGGGGAGAUGCCCCUUCGGGUUCACCCUGGAAGAAGAGGGCCUCCCUCUCUCCAUCCCCACCACCCCUACCUUCCACUUCAGCUCUGAACUGUGUGAGGUUGAGAAUAGUUGCUGUAGUGACAUGACCGACUCGUCCGGCGUCUCUGCCCAGAGCGAGGACUCCGACGUGGGAGGAAGCCCUCGAGAGCACCAGCCUCUCUUGGAUGUGGACGAUGGAGGUGUGGCUUGUGUCCUCAGCUUCUGCGACUCUGACAAUGAGGACUGCUCCAUGGGCAGUGAAAGUGGCACAAAGCCAGGGAGACAACCGUCGCCACACCUUCGCCAGUGUGUCACCGGUUGCGACACGUCGUACGACCUCUGUAAAGACACCACAGCCACCCUCGGCCUGUCCAACGCACCCGGUUCACACACAGACAAUACACAAAGGUACACAGAGAAGACACACAGACACACAGACAAUACACAAAGGUACACAGAGAAGACACACAGACACACAGACAACACAGACAAUACACAAAGGUACACAGAGAAGACACACAGACACACAGACAACACAGACAAUACACAAAGGUACACAGAGAAGACACACAGACACACAGACAACAGCUACGGCGGCGGUUCUUUCAUGGCCGAGUAUCAAGACGACAAUGCCAACCAAGCGACGGCCCUGUUCACCCACAGUCCCCUCCAGGACUACCCCAACACACCCUCUCCUUCCAUAGACUACUCAUCCAGCAGCUACAUGGACCUCAGUCUCUCCUCUGACUCGGAUUUGGAGCUCUUUGACAACUUCCCUACAGACUAUAGCUCAGCCCCUCUACACAACUCAUUCAAAGGCCACAAGCACCCUGACAACUUCCUUCAUCUGCAAGUGUUGAGUUCUGCAAAUGUCCCACAGUUCAAUGAGACAGCUGGCAUCUGCCUCCUGGAGUCUCUGAUUGGCUUAUCCGAUCCAAUAGAAACUCCUUCAUCCACAGACAAUCAGUUAUUGGAGCAGGUAAUUCAGUGACCAAUGGGCUGAACUGUCAGGGUUCUGUGGGACCUGAUUGGCUCAUGGACAUUAAAAUGAGCCGAGAAGAACAUUAAUAUGUACAGUCUACAGUUUGUAUUUUAAUAAGAUAUUUGAAUGUACAGUAUGAGAUAUUUUAUUCAGAUGUAUUAAAUACGAUGUUGUUGAAGAAGAAGAGGCACAUUAUGGUUAUUCAUGAUUUAGACAAUAUUAUACAUGAGCAAAUAUCACAAAACCCUAAAUGUCAUCACUACAAGACAUAACAUGUUUCAUGUUUCUUGAUGUUCACAGUU